AUGAAGUACUCAAUCAUCUUUGCUAUCGGCUCCGCAGCGCUGGCUGUAGCGGCUCCUGUCACUGUUGACAUCAACAGCCGUGAUACUACUGUCGUUACUGGCGGUACUGGCAUCGGAUUCGAGGGCCAAGGCCGUGGCGGCAGUGUUGCCAACGGCGGCAAUGGCGGUAACAGCCGCAAGGGCAACGGUGGUGACGGUGGCGCUGGAGGCAUCGCUAAACGUGAUACCACUGUCGUCACUGGCGGUACUGGCAUCGGCUUCGAAGGCAUCGGUCGCGGUGGUAGCGUUGCCAACGGUGGUGACGGUGGUAACACUCGCAAGGGCAACGGAGGCAACGGAGGUGCUGGCGGUAUCGCCAAACGCGAUACUACUGUCGUUACUGGCGGCACUGGAAUUGGAUUCGAGGGCCGUGGACGUGGCGGCAGCGUCGCUAACGGUGGCAACGGCGGCAACAGCCGCAAGGGCAACGGUGGUGACGGCGGUGCUGGUGGCAUCGGACGACGCUCGACAAUCGUCACUGGCGGUACUGGAAUUGGCUUCGAAGGUAGCGGUCGCGGCGGUAGCGUUGCCAACGGUGGCAAUGGUGGUAACAGCCGCAAGGGCAAUGGUGGUGAUGGCGGUGCUGGCGGCAUCGGAAGGCGUUCGACAAUCGUUACCGGUGGCACUGGCAUCGGAUUCGAAGGCAGCGGUCGCGGCGGUAGCGUUGCCAACGGUGGCAAUGGUGGUAACAGCCGCAAGGGUGAUGGUGGUAGUGGCGGUGCCGGAGGAAUCGCCAAACGAUCCGACUCUAUUUUCUCCCUUAUAGCUCGCAAGUUCACCAUCAUCAGCGGUGGACCUGCUAUCUCUUUUGGUGGCAACGCUCACGGCGGCGAUGUCGGUGAUGCUGGCAACGGCGGUAACGGUGGCAGGAGAGGUGGCUCAGGCGGUAGCUCUAUCAUCAACACCAAGAACUAA